CUUAGAGCUGAUCUCAGCACAGUUGCUGAGUGGGCUUUAUUAGUUUCUUCCUUAUCUUGGGAGUUCUGCCAAAUGCCCUUGUGGAUCAUAAAUUCUGUAUUUUAUGUAUCCACUAUUAGACGUACAUUCUGCUUCCCAAGCCUUGUUAAACUCCCCCUAGGUCUGAGAUCAUAAAAACAAGUUCAACCGUAAAGAAUGCAAUUCUCCUGAUAAGCAAUUUCUCUUUCCCACGCCUAGACAUCACUUAGACCUUGUUUGGUGGCUGCUCUGUGUUUCACGGGUUAGAACUUCUUUCCUGUUGAUCAGACUUGAAAGUAUCAAACAUCAAAGCACAGCUUUUCUCAAGAAAGUGUUUACAUAUUCCAUAUUUUGCUACAGAAACCCCGCAGCCGAGGCGGCAGCCGAGACGAGGAGUAGCCGCCGGAUAGGGCGGGAGAGCCGCGGGUCAGGGCCGGGCGCUGUGUGAGGUAACAAGAAUUCUGAAAUCAUGGCGGGAAAGCCCAAGCUGCACUACACCAAGGGAAGGGGGAAGAUGGAGUCAAUUCGAUGGCUGUUAGCAGCAGCUGGGGUUGAGUUUGAGGAAGAAUUCAUAGAAACGAAAGAAGACUUAGAAAAAUUGCGCAGUGAUGGAGUCCUGCUUUUUCAGCAGGUGCCCAUGGUAGAGAUGGAUGGGAUGAGGAUGGUGCAGACCAGAGCCAUCCUCAGCUACAUUGCAGCAAAGUACAACCUCUAUGGGAAGGACCUGAAGGAAAGAGCCUGGAUUGAUAUGUACGUGGAGGGAACUACAGACCUAAUGGGAAUGAUCAUGUAUCUCCCUUUUCAACCAGCUGAUACAAAACAAAAGAAUCUUGCCUUAAUCAUUGAACGAGCUACAACCAGGUACUUUCCUGUUUAUGAAAAGGCCUUAAAAGAUCAUGGACAGGAUUACCUUGUUGGCAACAAAUUAAGCUGGGCAGAUGUCCAUCUGCUGGAAGCCAUUUUAAUGGCAGAAGAAUGUAAGCCUGAUGUACUGUCUGCAUUUCCUCUGCUACAGGCUUUUAAAGGAAGAAUCAGCAACAUUCCAACAAUCAAAAAAUUCUUACAGCCUGGCAGCCAGAGGAAGCCACCAACAGAUGACAAGUUUGUUGCUGUUGUGAGGAAAAUAUUCAAUAUCUAAUCUGAUGAAGAUAACCCAGCUGUAGUAUAUUACCAGAGCUUGCCUUGUAAGUGUAAAUUGCAUAGAUGUGCUCUGUAACUUGCAUCAUGUGGCCAGUGUUGAAACAGUACACUGUGAGUACACUUUUAAAUUAAGAGUAAAAUGCUAAUUUGGACCUGUUGAGUCCAGAAAGAAGACCUUUAUAAAGCAGUUACAUGAAAUAAAAUAUGCUGACACUU